AAUGCCACAGGCUUCCUCACUAUUACUGAUGUCCUUUUUCGCAGACGCGGAUUAUUCCUCGCGCAGUGUGCAAUUUCUACCGUCCAAUUACUCAACUCCGCUGUUAUUCACACUUGGGCUGGGUGCAUGUGACUCGAGCCAUGGCCAUAGAAGCUAGUGCCGGUUUAGAUCAGCGAAAUAUUGAUAGGGCUCCCCCUCGUCCGAGCUCUGAAGCUUCUCCCGGAUUUCCAGGAAUGAUACGUCGUAUCGUCGAUAGAAUCCUCCCGUUCAUGCUGGGGCCCAACGAGGAGAAUAGCAAGAUUGGAAUUUCAGAAGAGCUGCUACCGGAGCCUUCCAAUAAUAAUGAAAAACCAGGUUUCUUGGGCAAGCGGCUGGUGGGCCUACGAGGAAAAGCAUCUGACAAUCGCAAAAAUAAUAACAAAGGCAAUGAGUCCCAACAAGAAAAAAACCAAUUGCCGUACGAAGACGCAAGUGAGUCAGAUAUAGAGAUCACAGGAAGCUUUUAUCCGGAAGAAGCCGAUGCGUCAUCGCCAGGCUUUGCAAAUAAAAUUGCUCCUUUGCGAGAACAUCAUUCUCUGGAGAAAUCUCGGACUCCAGCGCAACAUGCGGAUAUUUCAUCUCCUUAUAUGCUACCGCGUAGUUUUAAUGAGCAAAGAAUCCCAAGAAAGCGAAAGAGGUUCAAGGCCUUCGAACGCAACACCAAGCAUGUGAUCAUCAAUCCCUCAUCUGAGUCUGAUGACGAGGGUGCAGACUCAGAUAUCCAGACCCUUCUGCUGGCAGUAACUGGAAAGCCCACAGUGAAGAAAACAGCAAAUUCAAUCCUGAACUCCUCAAAUUGUUCCCCAAAGAAUGAUACGUCGGGAAAACUGACACAUGCCAAACCUUCCGUGCCAAAGCCUUAUCUACCUGUGCCCUCUUCUGAGGCAGACGAACGCUCUUCGGGUGAAUCAGACUUUGACUCGUCAAUGGCAGAGUAUGUUGUUCUGGGAAGCUCCCUCUUCCGCGCCUGCGAAGCAGACUUGAUAAAUGAACAUCGGGAAGCAGCGAAUGAGCAAUUCGAGCUAUGUCAAAAAGACUGGGUGAUGGACACUCGAGAUCCAGACGAAGUCCUUAAGGAAUUAAGAGCUUUUAUGAGACGAGAGAAGCAUGUUUCUGUUAGGGGCCAGCAAGAUGCGCCAGCGUUGGAAACAUUCCCCUCACCGACACAACAAGUUGACCAUAUAAACCAGGAGGUUGCAGUCAGAUCCGAUGUAGCCGUCAGAAAAAGUAGUGAGGAAGAAACGGCCCAGACCAGUCCAAAGACUUCGUUUCAAAGACCCAAGGAUGAAAAUGAAGACAACGAUGCUUGCCCAAAGGUAUUUGAAGACGAGCCAUGCCAAGAUGCUAGCAAUGCCUUUCCAGCUCAUGAGAAAACAACUUCUCCAAAGGAAACAGAAAUACCAAACUUACACUCAUCUUCAUCAAUUCUCAGAACAUCAACGCCGCCUGAAGAGAUUCAGCACGAGGCCCCAUCAAAAGUCGAGGGCGCUACUACAGAGCAAGUGUCGCAAGUAAAAGAUAAUCUCUCAAGUGAAGCACCAGCGCCCGAUGAUAAUUCUAAACGACAGAGUAAACGGGGAUUACGAAACAAGAAAAGAAAAUCCGGUUCAGAAAGAAAGAUGUGGAGACAGCAGAAAAAAACUCGCGUGACGAAACCUAACGAUUCCGAUGCUAAUUUGGAGGAGCCUGGUGAAGUUGAGGUUCCCGACGGCAAGCAGUCGCUGUCAAUUCCAUCAUCUCAAGCUCUUGCUCCUGUCCAAGACCCCCUUUCACCUCUUGCGAGCAAAACAAGUCGUAAACUACUUGCUGCCACUCAGGGCCAGAAUGAAACAGAGAGCUGCCUUGAUGGCACACAUAUCAAAAAAGCGUAUUCUCCCAUUAUGUUUUGCGGGAGUAGCAGUAAUGUCCUAAAUCAGGCGCUGCGAGAAUAUGGUGAAGGCUCAGAGUUUUCAGUCACUGACAAUAUAAAAACUUCAUUCGGUGACAACUUGCUUCAGGGGGCACAUACUAUUUCAGAUACUACGUUGUUGGGACCAUCUCAAAGCACAUCAACUCAAAGCAACCCACAGAAAUUGCUCCCUAGCAUUGCUUCUGUUGAUCAUGACUGUCUCAAAUCUAGCUUGCGACUAUUCCAUGGACACUCAGAGAAUCCCGAAGUUAUAAGCAUAUCACUGGGGUCGUCCAGAAGAGAAUCUAUAAUUUCCAUAGACUCCCUGGAAGAAUCGGGGAACUCUCUAGUCCUGCGCCUGAAACACCUCGCCAGUCUGAGUCAGCUUCUUCACGACAUUACAAUUCAUGAUACUGUAAUUCCCAACUCUUCUCAGUCCGUGCAGGCAAGUCAACAAAGAAACCCAAUGACCUCUCAAAUCGCAGUUAAUAGUUCUCAGGAUGUUGAUAGCGAUAACACAAUUUCAUCGUUGGUGGAACAACUGUCGCAAAUCCGAGCCCUGUCCUUGUCAAAAAAUUGUGAAGAGCUGGCUCUGAACAACAAAAGCUUCGCUGAAAUAAUACGGGAGAAGUUUAUCGAGGCAGGAAAUAAUUUUAGCGGCUUCGGUAUAGACUCAGACUAUAGUGGUUUGAUUUCUUAAUGUGACACACUGGCUUUUUCCAGUUAUCAUUGAUCGAGGGCUCUCUUGUCAACUAAUUUUGGUGAUUUCAAGAAAUCGGUGAACUGAUAAUCACUAAAAAAGUAGACAUGUUGGGUCAGAUUUAUGAGGAGACAGUACGUGCAUUAGGCCAAGUAAUGCAAUACUUUGAAGUUAUCUGAGCUUAUCUCAAAUUGUAAUACAUACAUGAUCACUUUCCGUAAGUCAUCAGCCUAGAAGCAUGACAACC